UAUCUCCCUCCAGCGCGGCGCCAAACACUUUAGGGAAUGAAAAUCGCCGGAGGAAAGCAAAACCCUGCAACCAGGCUGGCUUUGAAACUGACGCGAAUCAGAAAGGUUUUGGAGGAAGAAGGAAGAUCGUUAACAAGAGGUGCGAAAAAUGAAACCAAAGGAUAAUCCAAUUAGGGCUAUAGGCCAGAGAUCCAUUAUGUCGUCCUUGGUUUUCCCAUCUUCUUCCAACCGGCGGAACGAAAUCAGCGCUCUGGAUCCCGAUGCCGCGGGAGAACAGAAGAAAAACGGAUUGCUGAAUUCUUCAAAGUUAUCGCUCUCUGAUUUCCUCAACAAGAAGCUGCAGAAGACUGCCGUUCGCUCCAGAUCACUGAAGGGCAAGUCCCAGCCUUUUCUGUCGCCAUUAGGUCGUAGAACCGACAGCAGCGUUAGUGCGGGCUCAAAGGAUGAGAUGGAAGAGAGGAACUCCUCGGCGGAAGUGGAUGAUGAAGUAGUGUUUCAUUUGUUUAAGAAGCCUGCUGUUGGUGAAAAGGGAAAUGCUGCUGCUGAUUCAUCAUGUGGAUUUGGCACAAUCACGAAACCAACUGAUUCCAGCAGUUUGCCUGGUUUGGGUUUUUCUCACUCAGAUUGCCCGUCCAGAACAGGGUUACAAGCUUGUGAGCAAAUAAAGCAUGCUGCUGCUGCUCGUAAACCCCCCUUGGUGCUGGGGGGUGAUCAACAAGAGAGAAUCAGGGCAGCUGAAGAUAGAUUCAAUAACAAGAAAAAGCGGAAAAAGGUCUACAAUCAUUAUGCUAAUGGCUCUGGUUGGUGGGACUGCGACAUGGAAGGUGUUGAUUCAGAGGAAGUAGGAUUUUGUGAGAUAUGGGAAGCCUUCAACGAUUUCGGAAGUCCGAGCUUCGACGAUGAGCAGUUCGGAUCACAUCGGGCGGGGUUAAUCAUUCAUUGGAGCUCUGUUGGCGCGGUGCGGCGCGGCGCACGGCGGGUAAGAGCCCCUCCUGCUGCAGCGAUCAUCGGAAAGACAGAUACCAAAUCCGCUGUUCAGACCUCUGUACUGUCCAGAGUUUGGCAAUGCGCUUGGAAACAUGUCCCUGUCCUCAGUUUUCAAAGUAAUUCCUUCCAACCUUAUUCGAGUUUCCAGAGGUACGUGGACAAGGUUUUGGCCCUCCGCCAUCCCUCGAGUGUCCGCAAGUUAGCCUGCAUUCAUAAUCACCGUUCGGAGAGCAACAAUCACGUCAAUAGUCUGUUUGUCAAGGUCAUCCAAUAUGCCUUAUCCCAUAAUGCUCAACAUUUAGUGAUUCACCUGAGGACAUAUUUGGAUCGCCGCAGCAGUUUCUCUGAUUUAUUUGGCACAAUCUCGAAUUGCAACAUCGAAACUCUAGAACUAAGAUAG